UUACCGGCGGAUAGUCGAUUAAAAGCUGUAACUAACCUUAAAAAAAUACGCGACUUGACUUUGGAGUGGGAGUGCGAAUCCAAGCAAAGGCUACAAGGCCACAAGGCUAUUACGCAUAAGCCAACAAGCCAUCUCUCUCAUCUGUUUAGGGUUUUUCUUUCAUCGUUUUUUUCUGUUGCCGUUUGUAUAAAAGAUCAGGAUAACAUAUUGGCACUUGAAUUGUUCGACUUUAUCUUUUGCUUCAGUUGAGACUUGUUUUCUGUUCUCAGGAGGCAAUUGGUAAUUGGUAUGUGAAAAAAUGGGCGAGAGUGGGAAGAGGUUCCGUUCGCAUAGAGAACACGAUAGCGACAGUAAGAAUCAGAAGAGACGGAUAAAUGAGAAGGAUGAAAGGGGCAGCGAUGAACUGGUUGUUUAUAGAAUACUAUGUCCAGAUGAGGUUAUAGGAAGUGUAAUUGGCAAAAAUGGGAAAGUCAUAAAUUCAAUAAGACAAGAGACAAGGGCAAAGGUUAAGGUUGUGGACCCAUUUCCUGGCGCGAAGGAUAGGGUCAUAACAAUCUAUUGCUAUGUCAAAACGAAAGAAGAUGUGGAGGUUGACGAAGAAUUCAAUGACCAUGAGCCGUUAUGCUCUGCCCAGGACGCUCUUCUUAGAGUUCAUGCUGCAAUUUCAAACGCAGUUGCAUCUGUUGUAGAUUCUGACAAGAAACGGAAAGAUAAGGAGGAGUGCCAAAUUCUUGUCCCGUCUAGCCAGUCUGCAAAUAUCAUUGGUAAGGCUGGGAUGAAAAUAAAGAAAUUGAGAAGUAAGACGAGGACAAAUAUUAAAGUUACUGCCAAGGAUGCCUCCGACCCGACUCACUCGUGUGCUCUGGACUUUGACAACUUUAUUCUGAUAACUGGUGAAUCAGAAUCUGUGAAGAGAGCAUUGUUUGCAGUUUCUGCAAUUAUGUAUAAAUUCAACCCUAAAGAAGAAAUUCCUCUUGAGACAACUGUGCCAGAAGCUCCUCCAAGCAUUAUUAUACCCUCGGAUGUUUCUAUUUAUCCACCAGGUGGAUUAUAUCCAAACGCAGAUCAAAUUGCCCCUCCUAGAUCUGUUCCGCCAAUUUUAAGUUCAACACAUAUGCCUGAACUUCAGGGUUAUGGGGAUACGAGGAAUUCAUGGCCUGUAUAUUCAUCCACCCUCCCUGUAGUACCUAGCUUUGGCAGUGACUUGAGAUCUGAGGAGUUAAUAAUACGAGUGUUGUGCCCCUUUGACAAGAUUGGGCGAGUAAUUGGCAAGGGAGGGGGCACUAUUAAAAGCAUAAGGCAGGCUAGUGGAGCUCGUGUUGAGGUCGAUGAUACCAAGGCUGACCGUGAUGAGUGCAUCAUUACAGUUACCGCAACAGAGUCACCCGACGAUUUGAAAUCCAUGGCAGUUGAAGCUGUUUUACUACUCCAAGGGAAGAUUAAUGAUGAAGAUGAUGACACCAUUAGCAUCAGACUCCUUGUUCCCUCUAAAGUUAUUGGGUGCAUUAUUGGGAAAAGUGGUUCAAUUGUAAAUGAAAUUCGGAAGAGAACCAGAGCAGAUGUGCGCAUAUCAAAAGGCGAGAAGCCCAAGUGUGCUGAUUCCAAUGAUGAACUUGUUGAGGUAUUAGGAGAAGUUGGUAAUGUGAGAGAUGCACUAGUCCAGAUUGUUUUGAGACUCAGAGAUGAUAUAUUGAAAGAGAAAGAUAAUGGCCGUAAUCCUUCAGCAGGUGCUGAUUCUCUAUAUUCAGGUGGCGCUGGUAUUCCUAUGCCAUCUCUAUUGCCUUCUGUUCCACCAGUUGCUCCACUGGCUUAUGACCAGAGGGCUGAAACUGGAAGUGGCUUGGGCCUGCUUUCAACAAACAGCCUUUAUGGAUAUGGAUCUUUGGCGAUGGGGGAAAACGGUUAUGGUUCAAUGUCCUCAUAUUCAUCAUCUAAGCUGUAUGGAGGGUUGCCUCAACCCUCAACGUUAGAGAUCUUGGUGCCUGCUAAUGCAGUGGGUAAAGUUUUGGGCAAAGGAGGGGCUAAUAUAGCCAACAUCCGGAAGAUAUCAGGGGCAAUGAUCGAGAUAUCUGAUGCCAAAUCUGCUAGGGGUGAUCGUAUUGCUCAUAUAUCUGGCACACCAGAGCAGAAGCGUGCAGCUGAAAACUUGAUCCAGGCAUUUAUAAUGGCCACCUAAGUGUUGCGAACACUUCUUGAUAUUUGAAGGUGAAUGGUUAAAAAUCUUGGAAAAUUUUCUUCGGCAAUUUGUCCUUAGUUUAUUUAGGUUUCGUCUGGAAGGGGCUUCAUUUACUAGGCUUCCACAACUGAAGUCCUCCUGUUUCUUACAUAACGCUGCCAAUCAAGAUCAUGUGGGAGAUUUACCGCCAUUGUUGCUUGAUCUAUUCCCUGAUCUGCGGAUCUUAGAACUUUUUAGGUUCUUUCAUUCCCUUCUUUUGUUUUAUCAGGUCUUAUCACUAACUAGUAUGAGGCCCAUCCUAUUUCCGUUAUUGUUUAUUCUCUAAUUUUAUACUCACGUCAGAAAAUGUUUUCAGUGACCAUAUUGCCAAACUCUAUGAAUGUGUGUUGUUUUUCUGGCGAUACAAUCUCGUGCACUCUGCUUGUUGGAAGAUCUCUCCCAGCAAUUCAAAAUGCUGUAUAUUUGAUGUUGAAUCUCUACUUUAUAUUUUCCUGGUUUUUGCAUUUCUAAUGUAGCUUACUAAAGGCUAUCAGUUCCUCUUCAAAUAAAGUAGAUAUGACUCUUAGGAGCUCAACUUUCUUAAUUCUCCUCUUAGUUUAGAGUCUUGUCUUUUUCUUUUUUCUGAUUUAUAAAGAGAAUGUUUCAGAGGGCAGUUAAAUUGCGCCACCAUCCAGCUCCAGGAUAUCUCUUAGUAUCCUCAAUAUAUAUUUUUGCGAAUUAUUUGUUCAAUAUCCUUCUGUGAAGGCUCAAAUAUCUUUUUUGUCUUGAAAACUUUUAUUAUUCCAUACAAAUCACAUGAUGUACUUCUUGUUUACUCUUUGGCUCACCUAUUUCUUCUGUAACGAUUAGUUGCUGUUUCUGUUGACUGCUGAGUUUGCUGCAUCUUAAAUUUAGUUGACCGUUAGUAGCGAUGAUAACUCAUGUUAUGAGCAUCUUUUCUAGAUGACUUGUAAGGGCAUAAUUAAAUAAGCUUCCCAUCUAAUGGCUCCCACUCUAUUUUCACUUCGUUCUGGGCCUCCCUCCAAUUCUAGUUCCAUCUAUUACAACUUUGGUUCGUACACUUUCUGUUUCUUGCAUUAUUUUCAAUGCACUAUUUAGUUGUUGAUGAAGGGCUCUUCUGAAAAAGUAUUACUGGUUCCUUUUUAUAGUGAAUCUUCUUUCUACAGCGUUCUUUAUGUCCAUAAAAUAUAUAAGGCCUUGUGACAAAAGAACCCAAAUAUUUGCAUUUUGUUUUCAACUUCAGCAUAUUCUUUUAAUUGUCAUUUUAGCCUGCCUUUAUGGCAUUGAUAACAAUUUUGGCCAAUUUAGUUAGAGAAAAUGAAAUCUCUGUAAAUCCUUCAUAUCUAUCUCAAUUUGCAAAAUAUUAUUUUGCGUACUAUUAAGGGCAAAUAAUAAAAUCCCUAAGUUAUAGUCAAAUUAACACAUGUGGACCUCUAUUUCUAAAAACUAACUACGAGAUCUUUAAAUUAUGAUUUUAUUAACACUUUGGUCCUUCUGUCCAAAAAAAAGGGACCAAAGUAUUAACGAAAAUCAUAAUGAAACCUUAACAAAAGUCAUAAGUUAGGGACUUCAUAGUUAAUUUGACUAUAAUUUAGAGACUAAUUUCUUAAUCAAUUGACAUUUAAAAGAGACUAUUUUGAAUGAAAGGACCAAUGUGUUAAUGGAAUCAUAAGUUAAUGAUUUCAUAGUUAGUUUUUGAAAAUAGAGGUCCUCAUUUAUUAAUUUGACUACAACUCAGGAAUCAAUUUAUUUUUUAUCCCUACUAUUAAAUUUGAAACUAACUAAUUUAUGUUUUCUUUUAAAAGAUAUCUAUGUAAAACUGUUCUAAUAAUUGGUAAAUAAAAAUAUUAACUUUUUUAGGAAGGAAAUAGUUUAAGAAAUAGUAUUUUGUCUUAUCAACAUCUGAAAGCAAUUUAAACUAUAUUUUUGCCCACCAAGACAGCUAAGUGAGCUUUAAAAAUAAAAUCCAGUUCUCACUAAAUUGGCCAAAAUGGUUACCAAUAUCAAAAGGUUAGGAUAAAUUGGGAAAAUGAAAAUGCUUUGUUAAGAUUGAAAAUUCAUGCAGAGUUUUAUGGUUAUUAGAUAUCUAUAUAACACAAUCUAAAUGUAAAAGGUAGUUGGUGAUAGUUGCUUAAUUUUCAUUCAACGGCAGUUGAUCUUGUUUUCCUGUAUGUCUUUUCUGGGAGCUGCAACUCAGUGUCAGUCACAUGUUACUAUGUGGUUCUCACUGAAUAUUUGUCACUUUUCCAUUUUCUUUGUGUCUAUUUGAGGAUUAUUGAUACUGGACUUUCACAAGAAUGGUUCCUAAUCUCACUUGGUAUACGAUGCUCCUUAUGCGCAAGCGGGAUUGCCUGGUUUGGGAUUCAAUCCUAGUAUUUCAUUGUGAUCCCAAAUAAUUCUAGCUUGUGACAAUGAACUGCAAAGCAAUUUGCGAAGUUCAGAUUGCCAUGUUCUGGCAAUGUUGUUUAUUAUAAUUUUAUCGAUGUUGAUCCACUAGGCAUUUUUGUCUGAACAGCCUUCCCUCCCCUUAAGCUCCUUCCUUUUGCUAUAUUUGACAACCAAGUGAUCUUGUCCUAGUACGCUUGCAUUGAAAAUCUGUAGGUAAAGCUCAACUUUUUAGGUGCUGCCCCUCCAAUCAGGAUUUCAUAUUAAUUUCUUAUAUAGCGGCAUUCUUCUUAAAAUCUUAGAGGUCGAUCCUAAAGUGCAAGCUUUUGAACUUGACAAAGUUUUAAUGGUAGAGUACCUUUACAGUUGACAGUUCUGUACUAUGCUGAGUCACUUUGUGGUGGUUUUGACUGGAUAUCAAGCUUUGUUUUUAGAAUGAAGAGUUUUAUUUUAUAGGGUUAGCUUCUUUCUUGCCUUGUCAGAUUGUGAUAACAUAGUCUGCUAUGAUAAGCAAGAUUUCCCACUUUCUUUGCUCUCUGUCUACUGACAUGCAAAAAUUUCCUUCAUUGUGCCCCUUCCUUUUAAUUGCACAGGGCACUUCUUGACCAAUUGUGUUAGCAUUUGAUAGAUACAAUAGUUUUUUUGCGUCCCUGUACAGUUUUAAUGGAGGUCAAUGAGAUAUGGUAGCUGUUUAGAUGAGAAGAAAGCAAUUUAUGUAUUCUCUUAGUUUUGUACUUUUUUUAUUUUUUUCAGUUGCUAUAGACAGUACUGUAUAUUGUUGUAAAGACCUGUUGUUGUAACUAGAGAACUUGCUUAACUUUUGAAUUAAGCAUAAUGAAGAGGGGGAACCUUUUGUCAAA